ACAGCCACAAUGCCCAGUGUUUGCCUUUGCUCCUGCCGAGGUCAUCUUUCACAUUCAGGAAAAAAAAGUGACAUCAACAUGGAGGCAACCAAACUGUUUGGCACGGUGGUGGCAGGAUCCUACUGCGGGGCUAUUCUGGGGACAGAGGUCAUGGCUUCCCAUGACUAUUUUCUGUCCAAGGAUCAGUUUCUGUGCAGCAUCUGUCAGGAUGUUUUCUUGGAGCCUAUCUCCAUCCCCUGUGGCCACAGCUUCUGCUUCGCCUGCAUCACCUCUCACUGGCAAGGCAGCCUCUCCAUCAACUGCCCCAAAUGUUACACGGAGUACAAGGUCUGUCCGGAGCUCUGCGAAAACUCUUUUGCCAAAGAAAUGUCGGAGCAGAUCCGAGCAAGAAGGCAGGGGAAGACCGUAAGCUGCGAUACGUGUGUGGGAAAGCAAACAAAUGCCCUGAGGUCCUGUCUGGUGUGUCUAACCUCGUACUGCGAGAGCCACCUGGAGCCUCACCUCAGAGUUGGCACGCUGAGGACUCACAAGCUGAUUGAACCUGUAGCGAUGCUGGAGAACAGGGUUUGCAGAAGGCACCAGCAGCUUCUGGAGCUGUUCUGCAGAAGUCACCAGAAGUGUGUUUGUUUGCAGUGCAUCAAAACCGACCAUCUCUGCCACGACAUUGUUCCAGUAGAGAGAGAGAGCCAGGACAAGAAGAGCCAGAUGAAAAUGAUCCAAGCAGAAGUUCAGCAGAUGAUCCAGGACAAGCUGCGGAAGCUGCAGGAGAUCAAACUCAAUCUUGAGCGAAGUAAAGAAAACUCAAAGAGGGACAUGGAGGAAAGCAUGCAGGUUUUCUCUGCUCUGUUUCGCAUCAUCGAGAGAAGUCAAGCUGAGCUGGCCGAGCUGAUCCAGAAGAAGCAGACGGCGGCAGAAAUUAGGACGAAGAGUGUGAUUGCGGGUCUGGAAUCAGAAAUCUCUGAGCUGCAGAGGAGAAGAAGGGAACUGGAGCAGCUGUUUCACCAUGAAGACCACUUCCAUGUUGUUCAGAGUUUCCCAGCUGUGAGUUCUCCUCCGUCCACCGAAGACUGCUCGGAGAUCCUCGUCCAUUCAGACACUUGCUUGGGGGUCAUAAGGAGAGCGGUGGCUGAUAUUCGAGAGCAGCUGCAACUGCAACUAGAAAAACUUUCCUCUCGAGAACACGAGAAAGUCCAGCAGUAUGCAGCUGAUGUUCUUCUGGACCCCAGGACGGCCAACCCCUGGCUCGUUCUGUCAGAAGAUGGGAGGCAGGUUCAAGAUGGAGACAUUAUGCAAAAUGUGGCAGAUCUCCCAGAGCGUUUUGACAAAGCCCCAUGUGUCCUCGCCCUCAUGGGUUUCACCACAGGGAGGCGCUACUGGGAGGUGCAUGUGGGACACAAAACGGCGUGGGACUUGGGUGUGGCUCGAGCAUCUGUGAGAAGGAAAGGUGCGGUCACUCUGAGCCCAGAGGACGGUUUCUGGACCAUCUGUCUGAGGAAAGGAACCGAGUACUGGGCCUGCGCACGACAGGCAGAGCUGCUGUCUUUUCCCCAGAGGCCGCAGGUCAUUGGCGUGUUCCUGGAUUAUGAAGAUGGGACUGUGUCUUUUUACGACGCAGAGACUCAGUCACACAUCUAUUCAUUUACAGAGUUUCACUUCAGUGAGGCCCUGUUUCCGUUUUUCAACCCGGAUACGAAUGAAAACGGCACCAACAAAUCGCCCCUGACCAUUCGGCCCAUUAAUAAACUUAUUUUUGGCAGGGAUUUAGAAGACAUCACUAUAUGACAUUCUAUGACGUCUGUAUCCAACGAUUUUUUUUUAUUUAUUACAACAUUCAUUGUGACAUUGUAAAGAACCCGCUGCAUUUAUUAGCACUCCUUGUACAUUGGUAUAAAAAUCCUUAAAAUAAAUCCUUUUUUUUUUUUUUUUUGCACUACAUAGUCUUAUGCUGAAAGAAAAUUUGGAAAAAUCCAACCUUUAAUUUGGAAAUGUUUUGUAAAACACUCCUAAGCUAACUGCAAAUAAAUUAAAGAAAUAAAUAAGCAUGUGAAUCAUUUUAACUGCAAUAAUAAAUUAUGAAGAAUGAAAGGUUUUAUUAUUAUUAUUAUUAUUAUUAUUAUUAUUAGUAUUAUUAGUUGUAGCAGUCAUGGUAGUGAUAGUAGUGGUGGUAGUAGUACUAUUGGUAAUAUACAAAAUAUUGCUAACUGUAUUUUGUAUAUUUUUAUAUACUUUAUAUGCAUAAAGCCCAUCAUAUUCAAUAUUAUGUUUAGCAUUUUUUGUAAUUAGGUUUCAGGACAUUUUAAGUUUAACAGUUUUGAACUACCGUAUUUGUCCAUAUAAGAUCACACCACUGCAAUACAGGAUAAUAUUUUAUCAUUAUUGCAACCUUUUACUGUUAUCUUAGUUUUUAACCUAAUCUUUAUGCAGUCUGUAAUUUGCUGCCUACCUGUCACCGUAAGACACAUAUCAGAGUCUUAUGAAAUGUUUUAUGUUGUGUUUUACUGUGGAAAAUAAAGAAUGUAGAGCAAAAAAUGUUUUCAUUGUAAAAACCCAAAUGGGUAAAGCUAACCUGAAAACUGCACUUUUAGAUAAAUGAUAUGGGAUGUCAAACACCUGGGAUUAGGUUUGAUGUUAUUUUGAUGUAUGAGUAACAUGAAAGCUGUUGCAUUACUGUUUCUCCCUCUGCCCCCCUUCUCCACACCCGAGCACCCUCUUCAAAGAUUGCACAGAUCCCAGAUCAGCCCCUCUCCACAGAUCUGUCUGCAUAUAGAUUACGAACCGAACUGACAUCACAGCACAUGUUCACAUUGAACAACCUGACGCCUGCUGCUGAUCAGAUUAGUGCAGAAAUAGGAUUAGCCUCAGGGCAGAUGGAGCACAGGGGCACACUUCUCCACUCUGUCACAUCAGUUUUGUCGUGUAUUUGAUAAUUGAAACCUGUAUUCUUGCAUGAGUUUUACUGAACCCAUUUUAGCAUUUAUUUUAGGGACUGCGCUCUUGAAGAAUUAAAGUUGGAUCAUUUGGAUUUAUCAGUCAGGAAGCAGUGGGGGAAUAAUAAAAUAGAUGAGGGAUUAACGGUGUGAUCCAGGCGCUGGGCGGAGACACAUAAAUCUCCAGGCCUAAAAACUAACAUACAGGCCAACAUUUGUUAUUUCUUCUGGAGAUCUAGAACUUACUCAGACGGGCGGCAGGUGAGGGUAGGUCAUAUAUAUUUACUCAAAUAAUUUGACUGGAGAGCUUUAUAAAUGAAUUAGAUUGUGUUGUUUUGUACGGAUGGUUUCUGUAUCACCAGAUGCUCAGUGCUGCAUUUAGGCCCUACAAAAUAGAAGCAGUUUGUCUCGUUAAAUUGAUUUCCUUGGCUAGUUUUAUGUAUCAUUCCUUAAUAGAUAACACCUGAGUCUGAGACUGCAGACUGAACCAAAAUGUUGCUGCUUGUGACAAAACCUCAGCAAAAUAAAUAAUUACGGAGCA